AUGAUGGGGCAUAAUGGUUUGACACCCGAUGAACAAUCAUACACUGUCUUAAGUGGUGCACUAUGCAAAGCUGGACGGCCUGAGGAAGCUUAUUCAUUUCUUGUUAGAAAAGGAGUACCCCUAACAAAGAUACAGUAUGCUACUUUAAUUGAUGGUUUCAGCAAGGCAGGCAAUAGUGACAUUGCUGCCGCCCUCAUAGAGAGCAUGGUCAGUGAGGGAUGCACACCAGAUACGUACACAUAUAGUGUACUAUUGCAUGCUUUAUGCAAUCAAAAGAAGCUGCGGGAAGCUUUGCCGAUACUGGAUCAGAUGACUCAAAGGGGAAUAAAAUGUACCACUGUUUCUUAUACAACUCUAAUCAACGAAAUGCUCAGAGAAGGGAAGGAAGACCGUGCUAAAAGGAUGUUCGAUGAAAUGGUUUCGUCAGGUCAUAAGCCAAGUGCAACCACAUAUACUGUAUUCAUUAACUCAUACUGCAAGGAAGGUCGAAUUGAGGAUGCUGAGAACUUAAUUGUGGAAAUGGAGAGAGAAGGUGUUGCUCCUGAUGCAGUGACCUAUAACACAUUCAUUGAUGGUUGUAGGCAUAUGGGAUAUAAUAACCGCGCAUUUGAUACUCUGAAGCACAUGAUGGAUGCAUCAUGUGAGCCAGAUUACGGGACCUAUUAUAUUCUUCUCAAGCAUCUUCUGAAAGGGAAUCUUAAUGUCAGUUAUGUAGAUGCUUACGCCUUGUGGAACUUGAUAGAGUUGGAUACUUUCUGGCAGUUUCUUGAAAGAAUGUCACAAUAUUGUUUAAAUCCCACUAUGAAGACAUACAGUUCUCUCAUUGCAGGAUUCUGCAAAGCCAGCCGUAUUAAGGAAGCUUGUGUUCUUCUUGAUCAUAUGUGUGGAAAAGAUAUAACACCCAAUGAAGAGAUAUAUAUGUCGCUUAUCAAGUCCUGUUGUGAUAGAAAGUUCUUUGAGAAGGCCUUGUUGUUUAUUAACAACAUGAUAGAAUGCGGCUUUCAGCCUCAUCUUGACUUGUACCAGCUUCUUAUACCGGGACUUUGCAACGAGGGAGAAUUUGAGAAGGCUAAAUUGAUGUUCAGCGACUUGCUUGAACUGGGCUAUAAUCAUGAUGAAGUUGCAUGGAAAAUUCUAAUUGAUGGUUUGCUAAAAGUUGGUCAUGUUGGUAUAUGUUCCCAGAUGCUGUCUACCAUGGAGAAUACACAGUGUUGCAUUAGUUCUCAGACAUACGCUAUGCUUACCAAUGGCAUGCAUGAGGCAUCUGGCAGUCUGGUUGGUGCACUCCAAGGAGAAGCUAAUUGA